CUCUCCCUCUUUCUCUGUCACUCAUCAGAUCCUGCCUUCACCUUCCUCAAGAGUAUGCCGGAGAACGUAACUGGAGCUUCCAUCUUACCUUUGCUGGAAUAGAUCGCCUUUUAUUUUCCCCUGGGAGUUUGCACCAUAUGUUGCAUACUUGAAUCUCCAAAAUUACAUGCUGAAGAAUGGCACUCUCUGAAUCAGAGACGGUAGCCUGUGGUGGCGUCAAAUCAGGUUCACAUGCACAGCGUCCGCAAUCACCAUUAGCACCUGAGGAAUUUCUAACCGAUCUGUCUGUGUCACCAUCAUUAAGCAAACAGAAUUCCAUUUUAUCCCUCAGGCUCGAUGAAAUUCAACUCAAGAGUGGGAAGAGUGUUGGGUCCAUGAACAUGGAUGAGUUCCUAUCCAACUUGUGGAAUAAUGUGGACGAAAAUUAAUCAUGUUUCAUUUCGGGCUAACCAGAUCCAGAAUGAACUCAUCAAUGAGAAAGGCUCAGUAAAUCAAACUACUUUGGCACACCAAGGCUUAUUUUCCAUCCCUACCCCCCAAUGCAAGAAAACCAUGGAUGAAGU